GGACUUUCUUGGUGUAUAAAUAAAACACCAAAUCCACAAGCUUCUCUUUCUCAGAGUUUGAAGCAACCAUCAACUGCUCUCUCUCUCUCUCAAAGAACUUUGUUCGAAAAAGAAAAAAAAAAUUCCCUGUCGAUCGUCAUAUCCGUUGGUACGUUCUACAGAUGCAGAUUUUCGUCAAGACCCUCACUGGCAAGACCAUCACUCUGGAGGCCGAGAGCUCGGACACCGCUGACAACGUGAAGGCCAAGAUCCAGGACAAGGAGGGCAUCCCCCCUGACAAACAGAGGCUGAUCUUUGCUGGGAAGCAGCUGGAGGACGGCCGCACCCUCGCAGACUACAGCAUCCGGAACGAAUCUACCCUCCACCUUAGGGGUGGUGGUACGAAGUUUUUCUUUUUCAGGAAGCUAUUUGGCCGAUUGAAGUCGAAUAAGGUUGAUUCGCUGGAGGGAGCACCAGAGGUGCGAGAGGACCAUCUAGGUUCUCUGCAGCCGAUGCAGUUUGCAGGUAAGGUCGAGGGCUGUGAGGUACGCGUAUUUGUCGCCAUGGCAGCUUUGAACAAUUAUGUGGAUCCCAGGAUUGUACAAAGAGCCGCACUGCCUAUCAACACUAACAAACGCCGUUCAGCCGUGUUAUCCGAUGGAAAGAAGGUUCGAGGAGAAGGAAUGUGUGAGGCUGUGCCUUUGGAUAUACAAGGAGUCAUCAUGCCAUCGAACUUGUUUAUCGUUCCGAUGAGUGAACCUAAGAUUAUCCUGGGAACUGUCUGGCUCAGGUCGCUUGGAACUGUGGCAUAUAAUCUAAAUGCCGGAACAUUUCAAUUUCGGAGGAGGAAUGGCGAGAAGGUUACCCUGAAAGGGGCAUCGGAGGAGGAGGAGUGGCCAGAAUUUGGGCGAUAUGGCGAGGGAAUUACACUGAAGGCGGCAUCAGAUGAGAGCAGCGGCGGAGCUACAGAGAGCCAUGUGCUGUCGCGGGACACCACUGUAUGUCCUGUUUGGGACACCUAGGACACCACUAAGAACGAUAAAAUUGUACAAUCGUCACAUUCGCGGCCUACUUUUAGAAUUAGUAAGUGAUAUAAAGGACACCACCGGACAAAAUCCUGAA